CCGGUUUUACGCUAAGUGCUAGCUGCGUGCCUCUUCUCUUUUUGUUGUGGGGAGAAAACAUCGCAAACUGUGCGAAAAUAACUCCGCAAACUCCUCGUUUCAACUGCUCGGAGGUUGAAGAAAAUUUCCCCCGGCCUGAGUUGACUGUGGGGCUGGCCUCAUGGCUCUCCAAGGCCCGGAGGAGCUGCUGGAGGAGCCGGAGGACUUGGACGAGGACGCCAGCAUCUCCCCGGCGGAGGAGAUAACACUGCCUGUGGGCCCUGGAGCAGAGGACGAGCCGCAGGAGGCCGUGCUGCUCCCGUGGGACCGCUUCUCCGCCUGGCUCCACUGCAUCUGCGUGGUGGGCUUCGAUCUGGAGCUGGGACAGGCCGUGGAGGUGAUUUACCCUCAUCACUCCAAACUGUCAGAGAAAGAGAAAACAAGUAUCUGCUACCUGUCAUUUCCAGACUCAAACUCAGGUUGCCUUGGUGACACACAGUUCUGCUUCCGCUUCCGUCAGGGCUCCAACAGGAAGUCCUCUCUGGGCUGCUUCCUGGAGAAUGCAGACCGCGACGCACCACCAUGUCUCAAGAGAGAACAGGGCCACUAUUAUGGAUAUGUUUACUUCAGACAGGUUCGAGACAAGAGCCUGAAGAGGGGAUACUUCCAGAAGUCCCUGGUGCUGAUCUCUAAGCUCCCGUAUGUCACGUUCUUCCACUCUCUACUGAAGAUAUUGGCCCCAGAGUAUUUCGAGAAGCAGGAGCCCUGUCUGGAGGCUGCAUGUAACGACAUUGACCGUUGGCCUACGCCACACCCGGGCCGCGUCCUUACCCUCCCCAUCAUGGGAGUGGUCAUUAAGGUUCGAAUCCCAACGUGUUAUGACAAACCAGGGACCUCACAACUUGUUCAAUCUACGCAGAGUGACAGUUCUGUUUCCAUUGUUCUCCCCACCAUUCAUGAAGUGGACCUUUUCAGAUGUUUCUACCCAGUGUUCUUCCACAUUCAGAUGUUGUGGGAGCUGGUUCUUCUAGGUGAAGCAUUGGUGGUGAUGGCACCCUCUCCGGCUGAGUCCUCGAACACAGUUUUGGCUCUAGUCAGCUGUAUUUCUCCUCUCAGAUACUGCAGUGAUUUCAGGCCCUACUUCACCAUCCAUGACAGCGAGUUUAAGGAGUACACCACCAGAACACAGGCACCUCCAUCUGUGAUUCUAGGAGUCACAAAUCCGUUCUUCGCUAAAACUCUGCAGCACUGGCCUCACAUCAUCCGGAUUGGAGACAUGAAACAAGCAGGAGAAAUGGCCAAACAAAUGAAAGUGAAAAAACUGAAGAAUCUCAAAACUUUGGACUCUAAACCUGGAGUGUACACUGCUUACAAAGCCUACCUGAACAAGGACGAAGAGAUCAUUAAACAACUUCAGAAGGGUGUGAACCAGAAGCGACCGUCUGCGGCUCAGAAUGCCAUCCUCAGACGAUACUUCCUGGAGCUGACACAGAGCUUCAUCAUCCCCCUGGAGCGGUACGUGGCGUCGCUGAUGCCGCUGCAAAAGUCGAUCAGUCCCUGGAAGAGCCCCCCUCAGCUCAGACCGUUCGUUCAGCAGGACUUUAUGAAGACUCUGGAGAAAGCCGGACCUCAGCUCACCUCCAGGACCAAGGGGGACUGGAUUGGGCUCUACAGACAUUUCCUGAAGUCCCCAAACUUCGAUGGUUGGUUCAGAAGUCGGAGGAGAGAGAUGACGCAGAAACUGGAGGCUCUUCACCUGGAGGCUCUGUGUGAGGAGGAUCUGCAGCAGAGGAUUCAAAGACACACAGAAGUGGAGGCUGUAGACUUGGUCUUAAAACUCAAAGAGAAACUGACUCAGGCAGAGAAGGAGCAGCUGCCUGUUCGACCAGGGACUCUCUCCAAACUGCGGUCCCACAUCGAGGCCGUGAUCCUGGCUUUACCCGAGGAUCUCCAGGGUAUCCUGCACAAACCUGACACGCCUUGACCUUUGACCUUCAGACUCCUCUGGAUUAUUUAAACAAGAAGCCUAUGGACUUCAAAAACUAGGAUUUCAACAUUUAAAGACUGGAACUGAACCGUAAAACACUUGAAAGGAAAG